CAGAGUACUCCUCUUACUGUCCAAUACAAAUCAUGGGGAGAACAACAAAAAGUCUGCUGCGAAUCAAACGAAUGCCAAGUAAACAUGGAAGUAGCACAGAGGAGUGGUCUGUUAUCCUAUCAGUGUAUGCAUGUCAGAUCUGUAAGUUACUGCACAUCCUCAGCUGAAGCAGUCUCUCUAAAGGAAGAUGUUUUAACAGAAAUGGUGAGAGCAAAGUGGUUUGGUGAUGAGAAGAAAAACAUAUGCCUUGCUCAUCAACAGCUUGCCAUUUCUAGCAGUGCACCACUUUCUGUAGAAGCCUCAACUGGCAGCCCUCAAACAAAAAAGUUAAUUUCCGUUUUUGAGCCAAAUGUGUCCUAUUAUAGCCGUUUGGGGCGUGUCGUUGUUUACAACACCAAAUUAAACACAUGGCACUGCCCCUGUUCCAAAGUGUGCCGUUCGUGUCCGCAUAAGUACAUUGCGAAAUGGCAUCUAUUUCAAACAGACCGUGAGCUUUUCCGUACUGUCUUCAGCAGAGAAGAAUCACCACCCCAAAAGGCACAUACACAUUCAGAGGAGAGCAAUGUCACAGAAGACCAUCCUUUGUAUCCUCCACAUGAUCUGCAACUGAAACAAAUGGUGCAGUAUAUUCUACAGCACAAGAAGAUACCUGCUGUCCUACCAGACAACAUACGUGCACCAUCACCAGGCAAAGAAUACCCAAAAUAUCUUUGUCCUGAAGAAACCAUGUGUCAGAGACGCCCAGGUGUUGUCCCCCUCAGUGACCCUAUUCUGAUUACAAAGAGGGCUAAAAUACUCUCCAACUGGGGCAUUGUUGAAGAUGUAUUAACCUACUGUAAGCAGUGCCCACUGUGUGGAAUGUUUUAUCGCUACCAAGAGUGGAAAGACCAACUCCACAACUUUAACGACCACAUCCUCCUUGACAUACAUUUAUUCCUAACCAUAAGAAACCUUCUACAGGUCCAUACUGCUGUAAGCAGAGCAGUUGAGUUUUUAGAAGAUCAGACAGGUGUGAAGUUUCCACCGGCAGACACAGUGCUUCAUGCGUACUUGCACUUUGAGGCCCUUACAGAUCACGAAAACAAGUAUACUUGCAUUACUUGUGGUGAUCACCCCCCUGUGGUGAUUAUGGAUUUACACAAAAAAGGUGUUUUCCAUUUAUCAGUAAGUGACAUCCAGGGUCCUGCAGAGAAUUUUGACGGGGAUGUCAACCUGGAAAAGUUUUGGGAGGCCAUGUCCUGUGAUAUGAUUUGUCGCGGAUUUGUUGCAAGUGGUAGACACAAUCCAUGUGCGGUAUCACCAUCAUACCAUAUUUGGGCCCCUUGGAUAGGGAAGCACACACGGAAUUCAGACUCUGUACUAAACACAGAGUUCGAAAAGAUUCAUGUUUCGAAGUCUGUAUCUGAAAUUUCUGAAAUUACGGUUACAGAGGACAGACUCAGAGAAGAACUAUACCAGGGGUAG